AACGAAGGGGAAGUAAUGGAGACGUCGCGGUUGCCGGUUGGCGUCCGUCCAGGGACGAGCGACGGCCACGGUCAAGAGAAAACGUCGCCGCGUCGCGCAGCUGUUGAGUUUCGAACGCAUCAGUCGUCAGUCGUCGGUCGCUCAGUAGUCGUUGUUGCUCUGUUGGUGCGAACGCAUCAGUUGCUCAGUUGCUCCGUUGGCCGUUCAGUCACAGACCGCCUUCGCGCCAUGUCGCUGCUAGGAGAGCGCCUCGCCGACAAGGUGAGCAAGUUCAACAGCCAGAUCAACCGCCACCUCGAGAGCCAGCAGCUCAACCCUUUCAGUGGCCAGUUCAGCAGGUCGCCCUCUCCCAGGCCCUUUGCCAAGGACGAGUAUGGCAAACCAGUGGCGGGGUCGUUGACAGAGGUGCGCGGACAUCGUGCGCAGUCGCACAUCUGCAAAGAGGUGCUCGAACUGUGCGAAAUCAUCCAGGAGCUGGGCGAAUACAACAAGCGCCAGAGAGAGAAGCACCGAGACCCGAAUGACGAGGACGACGAAGAUGACAUUCCCGAUGACGGCACCAUCAUCGUCACCUUUGGAGAACUCUUCCAGGUCAGUUCAACCAUAUUUGCGACUGCUUUUAGGCAGCUGGGAACGACGACUUAACGUUUCCAUCCGAAA